UAGACCCGAAUGUUACUUCCUUAAGUCUUCAUAUUUAGAACGCGAUCAAAGAAAACACGCCUCAAACUCCACCCCAUCGAAGUCCGACCUUAACGAUAAAACAUUGGUAAGAUCCGGCGACUUCAUCAAGACAUUGAAAGAAAAUCCCCUCUACUCCGAGUAUGAAUGCACCGUCUAUGACCGACACGGCAACGAGUUGAGGAUGAAAGGUUUGUACGUGACGGUGGACGGAGGUUAUUUCAGAUGGCCACAAACGUUGGACGGAUACAAGAGAUCAAGAGAUCCCUCGACAAUGAUGAAAUGCUUUAUCGGGAGCAUCAGGCGAGUGUUCGGAAGGUCGUCGAGUGCACUUUCGGCAUCUUAAAGAAACGGUUUCGUAUGCUGCGCCUACCUUUCCUGGUUCGGGACGGUAUCGACACCGAAAAGAUCUUCAAGACUCGCAUAAUAUUAAUAUACACCCGCUACUCGUCGAGGUCGGUUUGGACUCGAUCGGAGACCUAGAUGGCGACUGGCUUAGCGGGAUGUGAAUGCGCGUCUCGAGGAGAACAGGGGAUGCCGUGUAUUUACAUUCGGCGGCGUUGAGCACCG